AGGGAUACGUCGCCAGGAAAGAACGAAGAGUAGGUAAUAGGAGACAAGUCGAAGGUGGUCGGAGCCAGAUCUUGUAGAGGAGCUAUCACGCUUGCAGCUGUUGCUUGCGCUCCACGACGAUCUUGUGCACGCGUCGUGCACUUCGGAAUCGCUUAAGAGCAAACAAGGUGCAUCAAUUAGUCAACUUAGAAAGGCAUCUGUUGCAGUUGAGUUCUUGGAUAGCAAAAAGAAGUCAUAAUGAACAAAGCUAAGACAAGUAUCCCACAAAAGGUGAAGCGUUAUGUGGGAAGAUACGAGCUUGGUCGGACAAUCGGGGAGGGAACAUUUGCAAAGGUCAGGUUUGCAAGAAACUCCGAAACAGGGGAACCUGUUGCUAUCAAGAUCCUCGAUAAAGAAAAGGUUCUCAAGCACAAACUGGUUGAACAGAUUAAACGAGAAAUUUCAACUAUGAAGUUGAUAAAUCAUCCAAAUGUUGUUCGUCUGCAUGAGCUUAAUCUCAUUCAAGAUUGCACAUUCGGCGCUGUCAAAUGAAAUGUCAGAAAAGCAUGCUCUUGGAUAUGUAAUGGGCAGUAAAUCAAAGAUCUUUAUUGUUUUGGAAUAUGUUACAGGGGGAGAGCUCUUUGAUAAAAUUUCCAACCAUGGUCGAAUGAGGGAGGAUGAGGCACGGAGAUAUUUUCAGCAACUAGUGAAUGCUGUUGAUUAUUGCCAUAGCAGGGGGGUUUAUCACCGGGAUCUAAAGCUGGAGAACUUGCUACUUGAUGAAUAUGGUAACCUCAAAGUUUCUGAUUUUGGGUUAAGUGCACUAUCUCAACAAAUCAGGGGUGAUGGCUUGCUUCAUACAACUUGUGGAACUCCCAACUACGUGGCUCCUGAGGUCAUUGAAGACAGAGGUUACAAUGGGGCAACUGCAGACUUGUGGUCAUGUGGGGUUAUUCUAUUUGUACUAUUGUCUGGAUAUUUGCCUUUUGAUGAUGAUAAUCUUAUGACUCUGUAUAAAAAGAUAUCAGCUGCUGAGUUUACUUACCCAUCUUGGCUUUCUUUUGAUGCUAUGCGAUUGAUAGCCAGAAUACUUGAUCCUAACCCUGAGACACGAUUAACUGUCCCUGAAAUAUUGGAAGAUGCAUGGUUCAGAAAAGGAUAUAAACCACCUCGUUUUGAAGAAAAACAUCACAUAUGUUUGGAUGACAUCAAUGUGGCUUUCAGAGAUUCGAAAGAUCACCAUGGAGCAGAAAGAACCGAGGAGCAACCACAGCAUAUGAAUGCAUUUGAACUGAUUUCAAUGUCAAAGGGCCUCAAUCUUGGAAAUUUGUUUGACAAAGAUCUGGAACUCAAAAAGGAAACUAGGUUUACAUCAAAGUGUCCAGCUAAAGAAAUCAUUAAAAAGAUUGAAGAAGCUGCAAAGCCUCUUGGCUUCGAUAUUAAGAAGAAAAACUACAAGAUGCGGCUUGAAAAUGUGAAGGCAGGGAGAAAAGGAUAUCUCAAUGUUGCAACAGAGAUAUUCCAAGUGGCCCCUUCUUUGCAUAUGGUUGAGGUACGGAAAGCAAAAGGAGACACUCUGGAAUUCCAGAAGUUCUAUAGGAGUUUGUCUACACAAAUAAAGGAUGUCGUCUGGAAAUCUGAGGAGGAUAUGAACGAUGAUAUACCAAAAUGACGGGGCCUGGAGACUGAAGACCUUCAUUUGGCCUUCUAUCUCAUCUUUGUAUCAUAUAUCCCUGGUUCUUUAAGCAGGCUGCUAGUAACUAAGCCCUCGACUGUUGAGAUGCAAGGGUUCUUUGGUGCCCAUUCCUUUUUUUUUUUUUGAACAUUCUCUUGUUUUAUAUGCGGGUCAAAUAUGUGAAAGUCAUCUAUCUACUGUUGGAUAGCAUCGCCCGAGUUUGUGAAAGUCAUAUAUCCAUUUUGUUGUGUUUCAGGUGCGGAAAAAAAACUUUCAGAUUAAUUGAGCUCGUGAUCUCACUGGCAUUCUCAUUCUCAAGACUCAAUUCUUGUGGUGUGAGAUUCGAUAUGUUAAUAAUAUGUAUCGAUCUGUCUCUUUU